UUAUACCUUGUGGAAUUACGUUUGCUGGAGAUACAUAACCUGUAUCAUAUAAUUUAUUUAUUUUCAAAUAUAAAUAUAUAUUUGUGUAACGUAAUUAAACUUUUUUCAUUUAAAUUGCACGAGGAUGAGUGAUUCAAAAAAGAAAGCAAAAUUACAAAAGACUGGACCGGUCGACAACGCGUGGUCAUUGAAAAUUCCAGAAUUCAAAGAACAGGAUAAUCCACAUCGGUUCCUCGAGGAAAGCUCAUUUGCUUGCAUGUUUCCCAAAUAUCGGGAGCAGUAUCUAAAAGAACAUUGGUUGUUAGUUCAGAAAGCUGUAGGCGAACAUCACAUCAAGGCUGAACUGGAUCUUCUUGAAGGUAGCAUGACAGUAAAGACCACCAGGAAGACAUGGGAUCCAUAUAUUAUUAUUAAAGCACGCGACAUGAUCAAGCUUAUGGCUCGUUCGAUUCCCUUCGAGCAGGCAGUUAGAGUUCUCCAAGAUGACAUUGCUGCAGACAUCAUAAAGAUAUCCUCAUUUGUUAGGAACAAGGAUAAGUUUGUUAAGAGAAGACAAAGGCUUAUCGGACCAAAUGGAUGUAACUUAAAGUCCAUAGAAUUACUCACCAAUUGUUACGUCGUGGUUCAGGGACAAACUGUAUCAGCAUUAGGACCCUACAAAGGUCUUCAGCAAGUGAGAAAAGUAGUUGAAGAUACGAUGAAGAAUAUUCAUCCAGUUUAUAGCCUCAAAGCAUUGAUGCUUAAACGAGAACUUGCUAAGAAUCCAAAAUUGAAGAAUGAAGAUUGGGAACGAUACCUUCCUAAGUAUAACAGCAAGAACAUAAGCAAGCGUAAAGAGCCGAAGAAGAAGAAAGAAAAGAAACCAUAUACUCCAUUCCCACCGCCUCAGCAAGAAAGCAAACUUGAUAAGGAAAUGGCAUCUGGCGAAUUCUUCUUGAAAGAAGAACAGAAGAGGGCAAAGAGAAAGAGGGAACAGGAAGCCAGACAUGAAGAGGCAUCUAAGAGAAGGCAAGAGCGCAGAGCACAAGCAUUUGUGCCACCUGAAGAGAAAUCUGUUCAAAGUGAAACUGUAAAAACUGAUGUGAAUAUCGAAGAAGUAAAGAAAAAAAUUGAACGUGGAUUAAAAAAGCGUAAAACAGAAUAAAGAAUGUAUAGUGUAAAUUGAGGAGACAUUUUUUAAAUAUGAUUAAUAUUGUAAUAGAUAUAACAUGUAAGAUAUAUAAAGGGACGUGAAAAAUUGAA